AGUUGUUGAAUGUUGUUGAUAAUCACGGCGAGUGUUAUUUGUUCCUUAAACCAAAGUAGUGACACAGUGCAACAUGGAUAAACUGAAAAAGAAAAAACGGAUCCGAAGACAAACGAGAAAAACGAUCGCUGGAAUAAAACUGCCGCCUAUUGAACCCGUUGAAGGUAUUAAAACUAUUGUAGAUGUAGAUCCUGCCUAUUAUUCUUUGGUCGAAGGCCGACCAUUGAAACAGAAUAAAUCAAUACACGAAUACAAAAAACAUAUAAAAAGUGUGGCACUAAACAGAACUCUUCACGGAUUCCUAGUUGAUGAAAUUCUCCGGAUUGAUAAAGAAAUUGAAGCGGAGCGUAAUAUUUAUGAAACUGCUUACAAGCAUUUCGAAGAAUACCAAAACAGUUUCGAUAAAUUUCUUGCAGACGACAAUAAUAAAACGAUUGCUAUAAUGCAGAAAUCUGAUGCCUUAGCAAAGGAAUUGGCCAAUCAAACUGAGAAUCAUAAGAAGGCUAACUAUGAUUUGGCAUCACUUAAGUCCAAAUUGCAGUACAUUGACGAAAGUUUAAUGAUACUUCUAUCUUUCCAAAAUUUUCUCUACAAAGCUUCCCCAAUUCUGUGGCAAAAUAAGAAUAACAUUAAGUUAGAUGUAGAUCACCCCGAAAUAUUUGUAAUGGAUUCUGAUAUCUUUGCGAAAAUUGACCAAGAUGCCAUUGAGAAGAAACUGCAGAACUUGCCUAUGCCACUACUAUACUUUGAGACUCCAAAACAGUUGCUGACGAUAUUUGAUUUAUUGGAAAAACAGAAUUUGAAUUAUUUGCUGUUGACUACAGAAUUUAAUUCGGAGAAAAACAAAUUUUUGAAGACUGUCGAUGUUAUGAAAACGAAGCUACGCCAAGAAUUAGAUUUCAUUAAGGAAAAGAUCAAUGAAAUACAAGAUACAAUCAAAAGAAACGAAGACCGCGAAGCUGAAAUAAAGGAAGUUUUCUACAGGAUAUUAGAGCAAAAAAUUAGGCACAUUGUGUCAUCAGAUAUGACGCUACAGAUUUUCAAUUACGUGGAAUUUGCUUACGAGCAACUGAUAGCACCAAAUGAAACAAAAUUUGCUUCUUUAGAUAUGGCUUUAGCUUUAGAGCGAGAAUAUGAUAAUUUGACUUUAAAUAUUUCCGUGUACGAUCUGGAUAUGAUAAAGCAAAUUGAAAAAGAAACAUACGAACAUGGCCACAUAGAAAUAAAGCGAGCUAAGGAAGCCUUUAAAAUGUUAAAAGAUGUCGAUAAACUUUCAAAGCGUUUGAAAUCUUCGUAUGAACCAACAAGACGAAAAAUCUACGAAUAAUCUUUAUUUUUGCACACACCAUCAAAGCACCUAAUUUGUAUAAUAAUUAUAGCGAGGCAUACUAUAGCCGAGCACGGUGCUUAUCAGGAAAUAGUUUUCUGUGUGUUGGUUUAUUGACUAAAGGAUAAAUAUUUUAAAUUUUUGCUGACCUUAAAUAUUUUGACCAUUGUUUUCAUUCUCUUUAUUAACUGUAGAUAUUAUAGUAUGUGUUUUAGUGUAUUGUUAAGCCUCUUUGUAACGUUAAUGAAAUGCUACAUUCUUCAACGAGACAUUUUGAAGCAUGUCAUUUUU